UGGUCUCAUGCUCGGCCCAGCGGCAAGUCACAGUUCAGCCGGGGCCCUUGAUCCGAACGGAAGGCUCUCACAUCACCAUCUGGUGUAACGUGACCGGCUACAAGGAAGGGGUCGAGCAAGAUUUUGAAUGGUCCAUGUACCUUUACACCGCUCCCGAUCGAGAGAUCCGUAUCGUGAGCACGUCCCAGCACAACUAUGCCUAUGCCUUGUACGCCCAGCGCGUCAACAGCAACGAGAUCUACAUCGAGAGGCUGAGCAGAGACUCUGUCCUGCUGCACAUCACCAAACUGCAGGCCACCGACCAGGGCAUGUAUGAGUGCUACACUCCCAACACCGAUAGCCGCUACCUUGGCUCCUACAGCGCCCGUACCAACCUCACUGAUAACUCUGGGGUCCUCUGAGAAAUCAAAUUCCAUCCGGAUACUAAUGUCUGUGAUUUGUGGGAUAUUAUAAUUUUUUCCUCCUCACAACUUCUCAUUUUUUUGACCUUUCAUUAAAAGCCAUAACUAAAGCUGUCAGUCAGCACAAGUAGAAAGUUAUAGUUACAGUAUUGUCCCUGGAUUUAGACCUUUUUCACCAGCUAUAAAAUGGUUGGUGGUUCAAGCACUAGUGACAACCCAUCCAAUUUAAAAUGAGAAUUAAAUCAAUAAAGACUAAAAAGAGAAUUAAAUCAAUCAGAGACAACCAAGUCCUGUCUGAAUCUGUACACGAAACGUCAGGCAUCUUAUGUUAAUA